AGGACAUUACGAAGUCCCAGUUACUUCUCUAUCAUCCAAACAGUUUCUCAUCUUCCCUCGAAGAGAUUAUUCGACUCCAGCACUCUCCCUUCAUCUAGAACGUCCAUCCCACCAUUACUUCGUAUUAUCGCUCGUCUGUUUUCGACUUCCCGAUGGGAUCUAUAUUCCUUGCUCGAAGACUCUUCAAAAAUGAUGGUAGCGAUCCAGUGUGUCCAGCAGAGGACUCGGCCGGCCCAGCUAUCGUUCCCUUCGUUGGCAACAUAACUUUUCACACCUUCGCAACGAUACUAUCCGGCGCCUGUGCCAUUGCUAGCUGUUUAAUGUGCUCCUUCCUCAUCCUCCAACAUGCAAUAAACUACUCGAAUCCAGUGCAGCAACGCCAAAUUAUGCGAAUAAUUCUUCUUGUCCCCUGGGUGGCCGUCUUUGCCUUUCUUUGUGUGUGGCUUGAAGGAGCGGGCGAAUACCUUUUCGAGUCGCUUGACUUCGGGUGUUCAAUCGCCUUGUCGUCAUUCCUCCUCUUUUUGUGCGACAUCAUUCUUUCUGAUACGCAUGGAUUUGAUGCGCUGUUUGGGGAGGGAGCCUGGUCAAGAGGGCAAUUUUCGACGAACAGUCCCAAGUGGCUGAAGCAUACCUGGUACGCAGUACUCCAAUUCAUUCCAGUUAGCAUCAUCAUCUGGCUGGCGACCGUUAUAUCAUUGGCAGCUGGCACGUACUGCUCUACGUCAAAUAGCCCGCACUUUGUCCACAUCUGGACUCAAGUCAUCAAAAUGAUUGGAACAACCAUUGCAAUCGUGGCAAUUCUACGCUUCUACAAGCGCAUGAAGCCAAGUCUAGCACCACAUAAAGUUUUCACGAAGCUCUUUGCUUUCAAAGGCAUCAUCGGUCUCAAUGUCGUUCAAAGUUUCAUCUUUGGCAUCCUUGUCUCCUCUAACGUAAUUAACCCCUCUAAAUACUUCACCUACGAUGACCUCACUGUGGGCCUACCUUCUCUCCUCUUAGCCUGCGAAAUGCCGAUCUUUGCCGUUUUGCUCAUCUUCGCAUACUCCGCAUCCCCUUACAAAGGACAAAAAAUUACCUCUAAUAAAGGUCCGAUCCGAGCGUUAGUCGACGCAUUCAAUCUCUUAGACAUUUUGUCGGCGUUCGUGAGAGGGCCGAUGAGAUUGGUCAGGGAGCAGAAGAAGGUGAUUUUGAGGGAAGAUAGUGUGAGGUUGAUGCAGGUGGAUAGCCCCCCGCCAAUGUACGGAGAAAUUGAGAUGGGCAGAGUAAGAAGGGAUGAGAACGUUUGAGUGAUUGUGGAUGUUAUUAGCUUUGUUUUCUGCGGUUCCUGAGAUCUUCUUCCGGCGUAUGUUUUUGUAUUUUGUGGGCCCUGAGGCUUCAC